UUCUCCCUCAUUGCAAUUGCCUUCACCACUCUUAUGUACCAGCUCUUCAGUCCGCCCAGAAACCGGUACCGACCAGACUCGAAGACGAAAGAAGUGCAAUCAUCCAUCUUUGGCGGACUGGGCUCGCCACACUUCUACAGCGACCAGUCAAAAUUUCUUACGUGCAAUCUUGGCCACAUUGGUGCUCUGCAUCCCAUUCCGGGCAUUCGCUCCAACUGCGUCGGGAACGUCUUCAUUGUUUCAAGCGACAACAAGGCCGACGCAAGGACUUUUUUCAAUAACAGGGAUGCGAACUUUGGGAAAGGCUACCAAGUGAUGUUCGCUGGCAUGCCCGAGCUACCACUUUUCUUGAGACGCAAUGAUGAGUUUCAGAGUCGAAAGGAGCUGGAAGAUUUCCACAGAGAGCACCUCAAAGCGGCCACAUCGACCGAACGACUUUCGAAUCUAAUUCCAGGAAUGGCAAAGCACGCCAUUACGACCUUCGCCAGACUUCCCAAAGAGAAAGGCCUCAUCGACACCCACGUCACAGUCUAUCAGCUGAUUUUUCAAAUCUCCGUCCAAACGAUUGGCUGUAUCGAGCACACUCGCUCGCCAGAGAUGUUGAGGCGCAUCACCGAUCCAUUCUGGAUUUUCCAAGAGUCGACGCAAUUCGGCUCGACAUUUUUCCCACUCGUUCCUUUUCCUAGGACAAUCCGCAAGUGGACCUCCUCUUUCCGGCUCUUUCAGGAGAUUUCCCACACAGUCAAUGAGCGGAUCGCAGAGGGCCGAAGGGAAAAUGAUUAUGUACAGGAGAUGAUUGAUCAAGAGGCCACGACGGGACAGAUUGCUCUUCACGUCGUCGGGGCGCUCUUCGCCGCUAUAAUCAAUUCGACCGGAGUAGCAGCCUAUUUCCUCAUCUUCGUAGGCACCGAUGAGAAGUGCAUGAGCAAGCUGAGGGACGAGAUGGAGGGUCUUCUGAGACAAGAGGCCAAGAUAAUAGAUGCGAGUUAUGACGAGCUCGACAUCUUACAACGAGUCGCGAGCGUGCCCCUAGAGUCUUGGGAGAAGAAGCUCCCUUACUUGGACGCCUGCCUCAAGGAAACGUUGCGCAAGCUUAUGAGCAUGUGCCUCUACAGAAGCUACCAGCCGCGUCAGUCCGCGACACGACGUGAUUCAACCUUGACGUACGGUGGCGAGCAGCUGCGACGAGACGACAUCCUUGUCUACUGGCUAAGCUUGACCCACUACAACAGCGAAAUUUACCCUGAUCCUCACAAGUUCGACCCGGACCGUUUUUUUGUCCACCAGCAAGGAGCUGGAGACCAAGAGUUUCUGAGCUGGGGUACGGGCCUUCAUCCAUGCGCAGGAAUGCGAUUCGCAAAACUCGAGAUCAAGGUCGUCGUUGCUUGCUUCCUCCUUGCGUUUGACUACAAAAGUGUGGACCCUUCCCACAACAAUCGUCCUUACACGCUCGAGAAUGCGCCCGUGCCAAAGAAGGGCGACAAUCAUACUCGAAUCCCAGCGACCCCUGUUCGUCUGAUGUAUUCCAUCAAUCGCGCAGCAGUUGAGAGGUACCAACAGGUCGAUGAAGACUCCUAAGGUGGCGCCACACUUUCCAAACGGCAUGCUUAGCUCUCAAUCAUGCCGCAACUCUCAUGGCGCUGGCUAGGUUUCUUUCAUGAAGUCUCUUGUAGGGAGUGCAGCCGGUGCAGAAUUCCACUUCGUUCAAAGAC